AUGAAUCAUUUAUAUGAAAUCAACCAAAUGUCUGCUACUCAUAAUAAACACUGGAAUAUUUUAAAAUUAUUGUGUAAAGAUAAAAAUGUUGAUGAAGUUAAUAAAAAACUGGAAGAAAUUGCUUUACAGCAUAAAAACGAGAUAUCUCUUAAACAGGAUAUAGCAAAACAGCGCGUUAAUGAUCAACUGUAUGAAAUUCAUAAAGUAGCUGAAGAAAUUAAUCGAACAAAGUUUGCCGUUGACUCCAAUAAGGGAUUAUGGCAAAAAGUGCUCAAAGGUCAUAAUCGAUUGUUUCCAAACUUUCUGAACAAAAUAAACUCAAAUCUCGACUCAUCCUCGACAAAUUUGAUUAAAAUAUCAGGUAAACAAAAGGAAGCGAAGAAAUCAGUUCUUAAGGACCGUCGUGGAGAGAAAAAACAUAAAAGCAGGACUAUUCACAGUCUGAAAAAAAAUCAAAAGGAAUUUCAAAGACCUCCACCACGCCCAAAAACUAGACUGAUAUUAUCUGCCCCAAGAGUCAGACGAAUCAGACGAAGACCAACCACCACUCCAAACUCAACUCGGUCUACAAUAAUUUCGGGAUUGAAUUCAACUGUCGGUUCUGCAUCUCAACGAAAAUUAUGGUUUCUUUCUAGAUCCUACCUGGAGUUAGAAAAUCAAAUCCGAGUUGAACGUCGAAAAAACCGACAGCAAAUAAAAUCAUCUAGAUCAUGUCCACCACGUGUAAGCCUAUCAACAAAUAUGAACGAUCAACUUGAUUCGGCAAGAAGCAUUAACUCAAGGCCUUCUUCAUUUGCUCCAAAAACUCCAAGAGAACAGAAGCUUAGGAGGUAUUUGUAUUUCCUUAAAAUUCAGCAAACAGAACUUCAAGAAAAAAUAAAUAAAUUUUGUGACGACAUUAGUGAGUUUAUUAAAAGUUCACUAAAUAUUAAUGAUGAAGUUGUACCUGAUAAUGCCUUGUCUAUCAGUAUUUUUUGA